AUGUUGCAUAAGUCGGAUCUUGCAGGUCGGAUGGUGGCAUGGGCAGUAGAGCUAUCUGAAUUUGGCAUUAAUUUCGAAGCAUGUAAUGCGAUCAAGGUGCAAGCUUUGGCAGAUUUUGUGAUAGAAAUGACGCACCCCAAAAGUAAUCAAGAGAAUGGUUGGUGGAAAUUAUUUGUAGAUGGGUCAUCCAACAAAAAGGGCAGUGGAGUUGGAAUUAUAAUAGAAAACCCAGAAGGAGUGACAGUAAAGCAUUCGUUGACGUUGGAGUUUCCCACAAGUGACAAUCAGGCGGAGUAUGAGGCAAUGAUUGCUGGGUUAAUCCAUGCAAAGGAGCUGGGAGCAGAAUGUUUGGAGGUAUAUAGCGAUUCACAGUUGGCGACUUCACAAAUUAGUGGGGUGUACCAGGCUCGAGGGGAGAUCAUGAUCAAGUAUUUAGCAAGAGUACAAGAGUUGAUGAGAGAAUUUAAAGAGAUCCGAGUGGAACACAUUCGGAGAAACGAAAAUGUCCGAGCAGACAUUUUGUCAAAAUUGGCAAGCACUAAAGCCACAGGAAACUUGAGGACAAUCAUACAGCAGAGCAUUCAGGCUCCGAGUGUAGUGUGGAUGGUAAAGGAGGUAGAUUGGAGAAGUCCAAUCCAAGACUUUUUAGAAAAAAGAAAGGAGCCCGGAGAAAAAAUGGAAGCAAGUAGGCUGAGGAGAAGAGCGACAUGGUUUGUAGUGAUAGAAAGGCAGUUGUAUAGGAGAGGAAUAAACUCGUCUUUGUUGAAAUGUAUAGCCGUGCCAAAUACUGAAUAUGUGUUAGAAGAAAUACAUGAAGGAAUUAAUGGGCAUCAUCUUGGAGGUAAAUCCUUAGCGAGAAAAGCUAUACGAGCAGGGUAUUUUUGGCCAACGAUGGGGGAGGAUGCUAAAAAACAUGUACAAAGAUGUGAACAGUGUCAGAAAUUUUUCAAUAUAUACCAAGCUCCUCCAGAAGAGUUGUUCAUAAUUUCAUCUCCUUGGCCAUUUUUCAAAUGGGAAAUGGACCUUUUGGGCCCAUUUCCCAGAGCAGCUGGAGGGGUUAAGUAA